AUGGCAACUGUUCAAUCUCUGGGGCUGCAUCAACCGGCAGGGCUUCGGCAUGCUAUUGACGAACAGCUGCUGCCUCCCGAUCCGCCUGCCUCGUCUUAUUCCUGGGAGAUUUUCACCGACGAUGGAGAUGGAAACCAGGUGGAGGACGAGCUGCUCACUACCGACAGGUGUGUGGUUUGGUGCCGUGGGGGGAUAUUCCGCAAAUCGUUCAAAUUCGAUCUUGAAAAGGAAUCCAUCACACAAGCUCUUCUCACAUAUUUUCCAACCUCGGAAGAUAAAGGCGGUGGCCGCAAAGCUUCUGGUGCCGCGGGCCAGCGUCCUGCAGCCCUUGAAAAGGGCUUGGUGGUCUUUCUCAAAACCCAGGCCCAUAUCUACAUGCUGUCGGGGACAAGUCACGUAGUCCACAUGCCGUUCGAAGUUGAAUCAGCCUGUGCCGCCCCUGUUGGAGUCCUCAUCCAGACGAAGCAAAAGGCCGAGAACUUGGCGCCUAUUGCCUUCAAGUUUCCUCGAGUUCCGCCCAACUCUUUCGUGUCGUCUCAGCUGACUGCAUUCGGCAGCUCUCAGCAAACUGCCUUCUCCGUGGAAGGCCUCGGAAAGCCCAAGUUACUACCGGUAGGGCUGAACAUGACGCUGGAAAACAUGUGGAAUGCGCCGUUGGAGCAGCCUGAAUCUCACUGGCCUCGGCUUGUGGCUCUCACCGAUCCGUUGUUAGACAUUGGGCUUGUUGUGACAGAUGUCGAGAAAGCGACGUCAACCCGAAGGAAUAGAAACAAAGCUUCAAAAACGCAUGGCCUCCUCGAUCCCGCUGAAGAAAUACUCUAUGUUGAGAAGGUCGUUAUCCCUGGUACUUCCCCUGAACAUCCCCAUGAGCCUCUGAUACUUGGCGUCACCAUCAAUCGCGAGGCUAAUGCCUACACAAUCUGGAGAUUGUCUUAUUUGGAACAUGAGGAUCACUUCAUCAAGCGUCAUGCAAAUCCAAACACAAAGGCGUCCCGACGUCGAAGCUCCAUGCAGCCUGGGUUUGCCAGCGGCGCAUCCACCCCGGUACAGGCAAAUCAUCGCGACAGCUUUGGUGCACCGCUUCCAGGGAAGCGAUCACGCAAAAGUGAAAAGCUUGAGAAACCCCUAGAUUCGGUAUCAUCGUUGGAAAAACAAUGGGAAAAACAAGACAUGGAAAGUGUUGGAGUUGGGCGGAGGAGCUCACGCAGGCUGAGUUCAAUGCUAGCUCGUGCGGAUCUCUCGGCCUCCUACGACAGAGCAGUUUUCCCAGAUCAAGCAUCACUUCUCGGAGGUGUGUCUUCCAAAAGACAUGAUUCUCUUGGUAAUCACGGCCGUUCCAGCUCUUCCUAUAUUCACCAGGCUCAUCAUAGCCUCGGGAGUCUUUUGGAAGCUCCGUUAGACGGCGGUUUAGAUGAUCGCAUGCAUAAUAUACGGCUUGAUGACCAUGAGUUUGACGGAUUACAACAUGAAAUACUCUUCAGCAAAAUCCACAUCAUCCCGAUAGAUAGCUCAAACGUCCACUAUUCACCACCCGGCGGCAUUUCUCGGAAUCAGGCCAAAGUGUUUGUUCUUGCAGCCCCUCCUUUUGCUACAAAUGGUUACCAUAUGGGCCAAUUGCUUAUAGGUAUUCAAGAAGUUAUGGAGAAACGCCUCCAACUGGUUACCUUUUCUCUCAAACUACAGCAAAAGACUUAUGUUACGACAACCUCGAGGGGUGAGAAGUCAUCUUCCACGAUUACAGUAUCAGUUUUACCAGGCGAAUUACGGAGAGCGCAAAAUGUGGUCGACUCAUGCAAAAUAGUUGAUGGAGACCAGUCUGCAAUUCUUGUGUUGUCGGAAUCCAUGGACGGUCGACAUGAGCUGAGCACUCAGGCACCUUGGAGUGAGAUGACAAAACUCUCGCUUUCUCUCCUUUUUGUCGAUGACACAAAAAGUCUGCAGUUCCGGGGAAGGGCAGUCGACAGAGACGUCAGGCAGCGAAAGAGCGAAAUCAUAGAUCUCACUAAUGGCAGUAUUGUGGGCGUCUGCCACUCCAGGCAUCGCGGAGUAGUCGACGUAGUUGACACGCAAGGGCGUCUCCAUCAGUUGAAAAUCCAGCUGCGGCCGUCUUGUGCUCCAGUGUCUGCACUUCUCAACAUCUGCAGAAGUGUCUUCCCCGACUCAGUUGGAGAGCGUAUUCACACAGGGUGGCUACAUGUCAUGCAAUGGCUCUAUAGCCAAGGCAAAGCAGAUGGCAAUGUGGAAUGGUCUGCCUUGACUAUCCUGCUCCUGGCACUAUUCUUGAACCUCGAUCGGUCAGAACUUCGAAAUCCCCCGUCUGAGAGACUUUCGGUUCGGAAGCGGAGACAUCCUUCCGGGUCAUACGCUUCCCUUAAAGAUUCCGACGACUGGAAAUCUCUUGAAAUGGGAGAAACUGCAAACUCUCUUGGGUGCCCAGCAUGGAUGAUCAAUCGCGGAUGGCAAUGGGUCAUUGAUGAUGAAGAGGAGACCACUUCUCAAAACAGUACUCAGGGUCUCGGCACAAAGUUCAUGUCCAGACACGUUGUUCUGGCUAAAGAAUAUAUGGGUUCUUCAUUUGGUAUCAAUGCUUUCGGGCCCUCCGGAUAUCUCCCAACCUCUCUAGGCAGAAGUUCUGAACACAGACGAAAAGCUGCCGAGGACAUUUUCAUGGCUAUCCAUCUUCUGUUAGAGGAACAGAAACUUGACAUUAUGUCCGCAGAAUAUCUGCCAUCUGGUCGAGCCGAUCUUCGUGUGAUCCUAUGCCAAAUUGCUAGAUGGCUAAAGUGGCACAACUACUCGUCAUUCUAUGAGCUAGGGAUACAAGAGGACCUCGACCCACGUCACGAUCAAGAGCUUCGACUGAAGCCACCCAUCUCUGAGCCACCAGCUAGGCCAGAUAUACUGGAAUGGAUUCAAUCCCGUUUUAUAGGGCUCCACGACCAACACUAUAUCAUUCCAGCAGAUAUAUUUUAUACUGCUGCGCAAUUAUCUAAGUCUGACAAAUUGCUUGACAACCGCUGGAACUCUAUUCUCCCCCGAACUCUCAUGUUUAAACGCUUCUUCAAGCUUAUAAAAGCAAACACCACCGCAGUGCAAAUGGUGGAAGCUAUGAAAGAGUGCGGAUUGACCAAUCAUGUCCUUGAGACCCUCCCAGAAGCUAUUUUGAUACCUCUUCAGGAUGCCAUAGCACUCUGUCAACCUCACCCUCCUUCUUCCUGGUCCGAUGAGAUGCUGGAGCUGGUAAAGCGGACGGAUAUCAGCCUGAUUCUCACCUCCAACAAGAGCCAUCGUCCGGUCAUGUCAAACAUCUUGACGCCAACGCAUACUGCAAGUUGGGAAUACAAGUUGCUCUGUGAAAGUGUUGAGCAAACAAAUAGCCAUGGUUAUGACGAAGGUGAAGGAACCGAGCGACAAGCUGUGAUUAGGACGCUAUUUAGGGAUGAUCGCCGCCUUCAAGAAGCCCGAGACUUGUUGGCAACUCAUAAACCUAGAGUUGUGAGUCUGCCACAAGACCCAGGUUUGCCCGAAAGUGAAUACCUAGAGAAGCAAAAAGAGCUGGUUUCCAGGAUUGCCACUGGAACUUUGGCUAUACCAGCAGGGAGAGGACUUUUUUGUUACAGCCUUCGCUUCCCUCUCAUUACUCAGAAAUUCCAUAUUGCCGGAUUCAACCUGAACUGUCUUGUAAAGCCCAACAACGUCACGGUAGGCGUGGACAAGACCUUAUUCACAGAGGAGAAGGUUUGCUGGGGGUACUUCCAUCAAGGUGUCGCGGCUGGGCUGGCAAUUUCUCCACAAGCAAAGGGCAUUGAUACUUCGUGGAUCCUGUACAACAAACCGAGCCAAGACAUGAGCAACCGGCAUGCUGGAUUUCUGCUAGCCCUUGGGCUGAACGGCCAUCUCAAAGGCGUUGCAAAAUGGGUGGCUUUCAAGUAUCUUACGCCAAAACAUACCAUGACCUCUAUCGGCCUGCUGCUUGGCCUGGCUGCGUCAUACAUGGGCACCAUGGAUUCUCUCAUAACUCGCCUCCUCUCCGUACACGCUACCCGCAUGCUUCCGCGAGGCGCUGCGGAACUUAACCUCUCGCCCCUCACUCAAACAUCCGGCAUCAUGGGAAUCGGCCUUUUGUACUGCGGUAGCCAACACCGACGUAUGAGCGAGAUUAUGCUUUCAGAAAUUGAGCAUGUUGACGAUGAAGAUGAGGAAGAGCCCUUGAGGAGCGAAUGCUAUCGUCUUGCAGCCGGUUUUGCACUUGGCUUCAUCAAUCUUGGCAAGGGAAACGAUCUCAAAGGCUUGCACGACAUGCGCCUCACAGAGAAACUCAUCACACACGCUACCGCAACGAAGAAUGUUGAGAUUGUCCAUGUUUUGGAUCGGGCCUCCGCCGGCGCAGUAAUGGCUAUUGCACUUAUCUUUAUGAAAUCGGAGGAUCAGAUCGUUGCGCGAAAGAUUGAUAUUCCCGAUUCGGUGCUUCAAUUUGACUACGUUCGCCCCGACAUUCUCCUUCUACGGACUAUGACAAGAAAUCUCAUUCUUUGGUCUCAAAUUGAACCCACGUUUGACUGGAUUCAGAAAAGCCUUCCUGUUCCGUAUCGCUCACGGCACAAACUACACAACACGACCAAGUUGAGAUCAUCUGACCUGCCCUUUUUCAGCAUUUUGACAGGCCUCUGCUUUGCUAUCGCUCUGCGUUUCUCCGGAAGUGCCUCUCCCAAGGUGCGAGAUUUGCUAUUGCAUUAUCUAGAUCAGUUCAUGCGCAUCACGGGGCUGCCGGCAACGCCGAGAAUGCAUCCUGAUGCCGCUCCACUCUACGAUGAAGAGCUCGCUAGAACAAAUGCCCGAAUGUGCCAGGAUAUUCUCGCAGUUUCUUGCUCCAUUGUCAUGGCUGGCACAGGCGACAUCCCUGUGCUCCGUCGACUUCGAGCUCUGCACGGAAGGGAGGACCCUGAUACCCCUUAUGGCUCACAUCUCGCAGCCCAUCUUGCCAUCGGAGCGCUGUUCCUUGGCUGUGGCACCGCUACUUUUGGGUCCAGUAACAAAGCAAUUGCAGCACUGCUGGUGGCCUUUUAUCCGAUUUUCCCGGUAAACGUUAUGGACAACCGGUCACAUCUUCAGGCCUUUCGACACUUUUGGGUCCUGGCGGCUGAACAACGCUGUCUUGUUGCCAAGGAUGCACUCACAGCACAACCAGUCUCUGUGCCCGUACAUAUCAAGAUGCGAGGCAGUUCGUCUAUUGAGUCAGUGUUGUCGAGAACAACCCCGUGUCUGCUGCCUCCUCUCGACCAGAUAUCCAGCGUCACCACUGCCGGCGGUCCACAAUACUGGGAUGUUGAACUUGACUUCUCAAACGAGGAACUCCGAAAAACAUUCGCGCAGACGCAGAAUAUCUAUCUCCGUAGACGGCCACAUCGCGAGGGCACCUUCACGUCAACCCUGAGAGCUCUCGGCGAGCAAGAAAAGGGCGAGAAUCCCCUCGAAUGGGUCCUCAGCCUAGAUGCUUUGCAAGAUCUCAGCUACGCAGAGAAAGCAGCCUUGUUGGAUACCGGUGAUGAACAGCAAGGCGGCAUGGGAAGCGCCGUAGAUGCAAGGCUCGAGAUGGAACGGGGCGUCAUGGAAGGCGGCGAUAGAGAGCGUCUCGAAGGUGCGAGAUUGCUCUUCGAAUGGGGCGACUCUCGUGAUACCCUCCGCCAAUCCUCGUUGAUGGCCAUGACGGAUAGCCAGGGCACUAUCAAGCCGGCAAAUGCCCAGGACGAGUCGAGAGAGGAUGCUCCCGCACAACAUGAGGAGACGGAGGAUGAGGCGGAGGAUAUUUGGUGGAUGAGAGACGGCGCUAUUGAGGCUUUGAAGGGAAAAGUCUGGAUGGCGGCCCGACACCAUGAGCAGUAG